UUAAAAUAAUAAUUAAUAAUAAAAAAAUAAGCGUUGAUAUUGAACUCGAGUCGUCGUCGUCGUCGUCGUCGUCUUCAUCCUUCUUCCUCUACUUCGUCUCUCCUCCAUCUUCUUCCCCAACUACAAGUUUUGCAUAUUUUUUUUUCCAAUACAAUAGAAAUCACUAUGGGCACAAUUUAGUAGUCCACCACGGCACCGAUAUUCUCGGCUUCAAAAACCUGUUACAUCGUCAACAAUACCUGCAACAGCCAACACGAACAAGAAGAUUUACCCAGAAAAAAGCUUCAAACGAGACAAAAGGAUUGGUGUAAAUUACCAUGUAGCAGCAAAAUUGAAGAUCUUUCUCAGGCGUUUAAUGUUGUAAGUUUCCUUUGAUGAAGCCUAGCUGAUUACUUGAUCUAUUCAGUAUUCCUGUCUUCGUUGCUAUUUAUUAAUUCUGAAAAAGAGGAAGUGCUUCAGCAUUUUGUGAAGCAGAAUAGGUUGUGAUAUGCAAGGAACUGGUUGAUGCUGUCGGAUCUAGUUGACUACUUUUCAUUUGACUUCCUCUCGUGAGAAUAGUUGGGUAACAUGUAUUCCGCUAGUAGCUCUAUGAAUGGGCAGAACGAUGUAAGAGUUCAGGGGCAAAGCUCUGAUUUGGCAAACAGGCAGGAUUUUGGAAUGAGUUCUUUACCGAAGAAUUUGAAGGGAAAUGACACGAUCAGUGACUCUCAGGAUCGUGAAGCUAUGGAACUAUAUUCACGUGCGAAAGCACAACAAGAAGAAAUUCUAUAUCUUCGCGAACAGAUUGCUCUUGCCAGUGUUCGGGAAUCACAACUCUUGAAUGAGAAAUAUGAACUUGAGAAGAAAUUUUCUGAACUACGCAUGGCACUAGAUGAGAAGCAGAGCGAAGCUAUAAUAUCUGCCUCAAAUGAACUGGCCCGCAGGAAAGGUGAUCUUGAAGAAAACUUAAGAUUGGUGAAUGAGUUAAAGGAUACAGAGGAUGACAAAUAUAUUUUUAUGUCAUCCAUGCUUGGAUUAUUGGCCGAAUAUGGCAUCUUUCCUCGUGCGGCUAGUGCCUCUAGUCUGACCAACAAUGUGAAGCAUUUGCAUGAUCAACUAGAGAUGAAGAUCAGAACUUCACAUGCAAAAAUUGCACAAUUAAAUUCCAUGGGGACAAAUCAUACUAGAGGUGGAUCUUUUGUUGCAGAGUCACCUCAUUCUAGUUCCAUGAACAAUCAACUUCCAAGUAGUUCUUUGGGUAUGAAUGAAUAUCCAGCCUUUAAACAGUACCUUGAUGGACAACAUAAUGAAGCAGUUGAUACUGGAUCAAGAGAUGUGCAAGCCAGUAAACAUUUGCCAGCUGAAAAUUUUCUGUUCAAUCGUGAGAUGCAUCAGCAAGCUAAUAUUGGGAGUCAUUUGGAAAUCUCAUCUAAUACUGAUAGGGAUGUUCCAGGUUUCACUGUGAAUGAGAGAUUCGAAGAGAGCAACAAUGAAAACCGUCAUAAUCCUCCUCCAGGGGGAAAUGAGAUUGGUGGUUCUGUUAGUUCGGAAGGGGAAAGUCCUGGAAUAGAAGGAUUUCAAAUAAUUGGAGAAGCUAAACCAGGAUGUGGACUUUUGGGUUGUGGUUAUCCUGUACGUGGAACUUCUCUUUGCAUGUUCCAGUGGGUCCGUCAUUAUCCUGAUGGUACAAGGCAAUAUAUUGAGGGUGCCAUGAAUCCUGAAUAUGUAGUUACUGCUGAUGAUAUAGAUAAACUUAUUGCUGUCGAAUGCAUACCAAUGGAUGAUCAGGGACAUCAGGGGGAGCUUGUUAGGCUUUUCGCCAAUGAUCAACACAAAAUAACAUGUGAUCCAGACAUGCAAUCAGAGAUAGAUACCCAUAUUUCUGAAAGCCAGGCCACGUUUAAUGUUCUAAUGCUUGUCGACUCUUCUGAGAACUGGGAACCAGUGACUAUAUUUUUGCGGCGAUCAAGCUUCCAAGUGAAGGUUCAUAGAACACAAGCUGUUGUAAUAGCGGAGAAGUUUUCCAAAGAGUUGUCGAUCAAAAUUCCAAGUGGCCUAUCAACACAGUUUGUUAUCACAUGCUCCGAUGGGUCUUCACAUCCCUUCAGCACGAACAACGAUAUAAGAAUGCGUGAUACUCUUGUGCUGACGAUGAGAAUCUUCCAAAACAAGGCAUUCGAUGAGAAGAGGAAGGGGAAAGUAUAAGCCUUUGCUCUGUAAAGGUUUGAAGAUUUUGAUCCAUCAGUCUCACCAUGAGCACUCAAGAGGCUUUAUGCUAUUGGUUCCAUGAAAAUAUAUCAUUAUGUAAUGUAAUAAUCUUCAUAGUUGUUUUGUGAUAUUUGUCUCUUUCCUCGUUUGAUCCUUCCCAUAGCGUCUUUUAGCUAUUUGUGACUUGGGGGAAGGGUGGCACAAUUUUCAAGGUGAUCGGAUGUGUUUCGAGAUUUUUUUUUUUCCCAGUUUUUGAAGUUUGAAAGCUUGAUCAAAGCCAACAUCUAGGAUUGACGAGGUUGGAUUUGAGUUUUGACAAUUCGCUAGGUCUGAACGGUGAUUUAUGACUUGGUUGGAUGUUUUGCUCAAUCGCGAAGCAUUUUGGAGUGAUUUGGACACUUUUGUGGAAUUUUAGCUUUCUUAAGGUUCAGAGUUGACGACCUCGAAAUGCCGAUUUGAUGAUUUCAAUAGUUUUGAAAUGUUUUUAUGAUUGAUUUGCACUAUUAGUUUACGGGAGGUUUUGAGUGAUUUUUUAGGGUUGAAAACAUCAUUUGAUUUGAGCUGGGUUACUGGUUUGGAUGUAUUUGUUGCAGCCACACCGACAGCCCUUUUCCUGCUUAGGGAAAAAGUUUUGGGUGGUUCAAGGAGAUUGGUCGCUUUUGCGAUUCUGGUUCCACUAGGAUGGUUCUGCUUCAGCGAAUGACGUACUGUACAUCAUGGUCUGCAUCAGCGAGGAAGACCCUUUUUGAAUGCGGUGCACUUGUGGGGUUCUUCUGCCUCCACAAAGUUGAGUCACUUCAAGUGACUUCUGCUUUUGCGGAGUUGUUCUGCCUUUGUGAAAUCGCAGGUGAAACGACAUGUCUCUUGUGCAAAGAUUACAAUGUUCCUAAAUAGUGGGAUAUUCCUAAUUCAAUUUCAUUAUUCUAAAUUUUAUUUUGGGAGUUUUAGUCUUUGGCUUGGGGUGGUUUUUGAGCUGCGAGAUUUCAUCGCGUGGAUUAGAAUCGAACACUAUCUUUGGUAUAUCAUAUCUAAUAUAUCAUUUUUUUUUUUGGUUUAA